UAUUAUGGGUAAUGUCGGUCAGGUAUGGUGGAAUGGAGCCACACUUACUAACUUAUACAUUGUUUCUUCCACAUCGUUAGUUUUUGACAUUUUUGAAUGAUUAAGUUCACAAGUAAACGAUACACAAAACGAAGAGGAGCGUCUGGAGUUGUUCUAUUGUUGUUGCCGCAGCGAGCGGGAGCCGGAGGUGACAUGGAGCGUUAUGAAUUUCUAGGUCUGGUCGGGAAGGGCAGUUAUGGCACGGUGCUCAAGUGCCGCCAUCGCAUCUCAGGCCGCCUGGUUGCCAUCAAAAAGUUCCUGGACUCUGAUGAGGACAUUGCAGUGAGGAAGAUCGCUCAGAGGGAGAUCCAGCUGCUCAGGAAACUACACCACGACAACCUGGUAAAUCUUCUAGACGUCUGGCAGCGUCGCCGCCACUGGUAUCUGGUCUUUGAGUUUGUUGAGCGAACUCUCCUGGAUUAUUUGGAGCAAAAUAUCCUCGGACUGGACCUGAACACCUGCCGGCAGUGCUUCUUUCAGGUCCUCAGGGGAGUCGCCUUCUGCCACCAGCAGAAUGUCAUCCACCGUGACAUCAAACCUGAGAAUGUUCUUAUCUCUAGGGGAGGUGUUGUCAAAUUGUGCGACUUUGGCCUGGCGCGCACCGUGGCCUCCCCUACCAGGGGCACAGCCUACACUGACUACGUGGCCACGCGUUGGUACCGAGCCCCUGAACUGCUGGUGGGGGACACCAAGUACAGCAAACCAGUAGAUGUGUGGGCUGCGGGCUGCUUGCUCGUCGAGAUGCUGACAGGCCAGCCUCUCUUUCCUGGAGAUUCAGACCUCGACCAAAUAUACCACAUUGUAAGGUUAUUCGAUGACCUGACAGCUCAUCACCAGGAGUUAUUCCACAAGAACCCCACAUUUUCUGGCGUUAGCCUGCCAGAACACUUCAGCAGAAUGCCUCUAGAGCAGCACUUUCCUCUGGUGUCAUCAAAAGCUUUGAAUCUGGCUCAGGAAUGUCUCCAGAUGGAUCCGGAGAAACGAGCUCGGUGUUCAGAGCUGCUGGGACAUUCGGUGUUCACCCACGACGACUUCCAUGUCAGGUUUUUGGAUGAGCUGAGAGCCAGUAUCCAUAAACAGCACAGAGAGAACUCGAUCCUCCCAAAGAUCAGCAAAGCCUCAAAACAAGAAAGAGACCAAGUUGAUGACCAAAGUCGAAGAGGAAAAUAUUCUAAAAAGACUAUUAAAGAUGUGCAGGACAAGAAAAAAAUCAGGAAGGAAGACGAGAAGGUGGUGAAAACAAAAGGCAAGCAACAUUCAAAGCAGUAUGGAACUAUUCAGAACACAUUGGAACCCAAUGCUACCAAAGCCCCCAAAAUAUUAGGAUCAAGGAGUAUGGAUAAUGGAGUAAAGAUGGCUGCCACCAUGAAAAAUAGAGCAGGACACAAUUCAGUUCUUAAAUCAAAAGACCACAUCAGGGCUUCUGGUGUGACAAAGACCUUUGACUUGUCCUCUAACCAAACAAAUACCGCCUCAAACGUUGUUCCAACGUCCAAUCAGCACACAGCUUCCUCAAAUGGCAUUUCAAAGACUCUCACUGUGUGCCCCAAAGUUACGAAGGACGAUCCCGAACCGGCCAAACCUCCUUCAGCUAAACCCUCACAAAAUGUCUGCAGACUUUUAAGGUGCCUUUCACCUACUACAGAAUUUAUGGAAGAAUAUUCAAUAGACAAGACGGUCAGGCAGCAAAACCUGCUGACCAAAGCUGCUCAAAGUCACCUUCAGGCACCUCAAACACCUAUAAUCCCACAACCCGUAAACAUCUUAUUAAAUGAAGACCCUAAAGCCAUGUUAAUGGAAACUGAAAAAACAAUAGCAGGCUCAGAAAAAGAGAACAGCUCCAGGUUUUGGGCGGGACAAGCCAGAAAGACAAACAGGAGCUUUCCAGAAAUAAGGGACUACUCAAAAGCAAAUGCAUGCACCAUCUUGGAUCCGCUUUCAGUCACUGUGACACCAGAUCCCAGGUCUUCCACUCAAAGCUUUGCCCUUUACUCCAACAUUGAUAAUGCACAGCUUCGCGUGGCGAAGUUGGUAGAGUGGCUGUGCCAGCAAUCGGAGUGUUGCUGGUUACUGGGGUUCAAUUCCCACCUUCUACCUUCCUAGUCACGUCCGUUGUGUCCUUGGGCAAGACACUUCACCCUUUGCCUCUGAUGGCUGCUGGUUAGCGCCUUGCAUGGCAGCUCCCGCCAUCAGUGUGUGAAUGGGUAAAUGUGGAAAUACUGUCAAAGCGCUUUGAGUACCUUGAAGGUAGAAAAGUGCUAUACAAGUAUAACCCAUUUAUUUAUUUAUUAUUCAUUCUCUUCAAGUGGACGCCACCCCUUCCCCGGGUCCACCCCCUUCAUCAUUAAUGCCCACCCUUCUCAUCCCUUCUUUGACAUGCCGUGCUGACAGCGGUUGUCUGGAAGGAAGAUCCCAACCUGAAGCACACAAUCUCUGGUGGAGGCAUCACAGUGGCUUUUACUGUCAGCCACUUCAGCAACCUCAGGGAACACUUGCAGCACAGGUGACACAGCUCGCACAUCCUACCUGUGCACAUCCCAAUGGUUCAAAACAUCUCCUCCCAUAAGUGGCGGCGAGAAGCUUAUUCCCAUUAACACACUGUUCCAAAAAGAACAGCCGUGGAGACUGUGCGGUGUCCAAAAGAAAGUCAGCUGUUAAUUUCCCUGAUGUAAGGAGCUCAGCACGGCUGGAGGUCAGAGAGAGAGAAUGUACGACAUUACAGAAAUACACAAAAAUAUGAGCACAUUUUCACUUUUUGUGGUCCACUGAGUUUAAUCUUACAAAACAAAAGUAUGCACUCCUCUUUUUUAGGGAAAUACAGCAAGGUUCUGAGGAAAGUGCUACUUUAAUCUCUUGAUCAAGGACACACACACUGACUACAGAAUGUGUAGCUAUAAUGUAUGUAGGUCACUAUACAAUCCAGA